UCCGCAUUUCGAGUUGAGGGUUCGAGGGUCCCUCCGUUUUGGCCAGUCAGCCACGCGACGAGUCCCUUACCUACCCUACUACUCGAAUGGCGAAGCUCACCUGUGCUCUGCACUGUAUGUACGUACGUACAUCACCACACCAUCCGUCCGCCCAACGUUAUGCCCCAGAUUCGGCAUCUGGAGAAAAUAGCUAGUCGAGACCCACUCGCACCACCACCACCACCCCUGUCUGCCCUGGCCGGAGAUGGAGGGGAGCGAGGAUCUCGCUGCGAUCCAUCCGUCCCACCACACGCCAAUCACCACGCGCCAGGGUGCUGAUGUGCAUGCUGCGUUCGUUCCCCACAAACGGGCGGCUUUAGGGGACAUGGAGGCGCUGGGGGGCCGACGGGCCCUGUUUCCCACCACCACCCUGCCUUGCCCUGCCCUCCCCGAGGUUGCCCUCUCCAACUCCAAAUUCUCCAAAUCCAUCACCUCGCCCGAUUCCACACACCCUUCCACGCUAGGUGUUGCGGCUGCGGACUUAACACUGGUGAUUAUGAAAGAUAAGUGGGCUCUGAUUUCAGGGCACAGAAACGGUUAUUCGAUCCGAUAUGGUGCUCGGCGCUGGCUGGCUGAGCGGGUCCCGCCCGCUUUCUUCCCACCAGAGCCUCCCGCCUAGUGGUGCUCUAUUUCUGUCAUAUCCUGCUUGAAAGAGAGUGGGCAAGAGAAGGGAAAAGAGGCAGCAAGC